AUAACUGUCAAAGUGACAUAAGAAUCAAAAGACAUAUUGACAUAUUUAUAUUCAAUAUAGUACUAAAAUUUUGAAGGUUAUGUAUUGAAUAAAAUAAAAAAAUAUUAAAGUAAUCAAUUAAUUUUAUAGAGAAACAAUGAAUACAUCUAUCAUAAAAAUUGCCCAGGCUUCAAAUAUAAUAUCGCAAUUUUCUCCGGUAUUUGCGUCCCAGUUUCACACAUCAUCUGUGCUUAGCAGAGUUGUUUCAGGAAAAUAUAGAAUAACGAAAAAAAGAGACAGACCACUUACUUAUGAAAUGGCCAACGCACCUCACUAUAUUGCUCACCGAAAGUCUUGGAACUCGUGGAAUACGUCAAGUUUAAAAGAUGGUCUGCGGAAAUCAGAAACAGCUGUUGAGGAUGAAUUUAUUAGGAGAUUUAUAAAUGGAACUUGGCAUGGCCUUGUUUGUAGCGAGGUUAUAAUAAAACGUCAGUUCAAUCACAUUAGAAUAGCAGCAAUCAUGAGACGAGCUGUGUCUCCAACUAAGAUGUACUUCCUUAUUGGAUAUACCGAGGAACUUUUAUCUACAUGGAUACAAUGUCCGGUGACAUUGGAACUGCAAACAGUUGACAGCUACCAAGAUGUUGUCUUUAAAUAUAUUUAAACCAAUAAUUUCUUUCACCUUGUGUUAUAUACUUAGGAUAAAAUUAGAAAAGUUAGGAUUUUAAUAUUAGAUUUUGGAAUAAGAAAUAAAUGUUCUUUGAAAUAUAA